AUGAAGAAUAAAUCAUGUAACGAAGAGGAUUCUUAUUUGUACAAAUGGUACGUCGAGCUUGGAACGAGCAUAAAGAAAUUAACGAUACUUCUUUAUCUUUUGAGUUGUUCUGUUGGAUCGUUCGUUCAAGAUCUUUGGCCUUUAUCCGGACCCGAUGAAAAAAAUAGGAUCACUUUUUAUGGACUCAUUGUGAAUGAUUCUGAUCUAGUUCAUGGCCUAUUAGAAGUAGAAGGCACUCUGGUGGGAUCUUCAUGGACAGAAAAAGAUAGCAGUCAGUUUGAUAAUGACCGAGUGACAUUGCUUCUUUGGCCCAAACCAAGGAAUCCCUUAGAUAUGAUGAAAAAGGGCUCUUGGUCUAUCCUUGAUCAGAGAUUUCUCUAUGAAAUGGGGUUUGAAGAAGGGGAGGGAGAAGGAUCCCUUGACCCGCAGUCAUUUCAGGACAAGCAUAUCAUUUAUGAUGAAGAGGAUGAGCUUCAAGAGAAUGAUUUGGGGUUCUUGCAGAGUGGAACCAUGCAGUACCAGACAUGA